CAUCCAUCAUUCUAAGGCUAAAACCCAAAUCUAUAUUCCUUUCAUGGGAUAAAACUCACUACACAGAACAAACCUCUGCUAGAACUAAACUCAUUUCACUCAUCCAAGAAUAUCGAGGAUACACAAGUAUGGGUUGUGCCUCUUCUAAACGUGUUGAGGCGACCGUUGCGGGCGAUCUUUACCAACCAGCAGCAACAAGCUUUGCACGUUUUGACAUUACCGACAUCGAAGAACCAUGGCUUAAAGCAGGAGUAAAAAACCAGCAACAAGAAGAGGAAGAAGAAGAAGAAGAAGAAGAAGAAGAAGAAGAAGAAGAAGAAGAAGAAGAAGAAGAAGAAGAAGUGAAGGCUAUUACCAUGCAUGUACCGGUGCCUGUCCUCGAAAAGCUCAACAAAUUCGAGCUCGAAGCUAAUGGUCCUCAGUCAUGGUCUGAAGUUAGCAAGGUUUUAGAAGACUUAAAACCCUCUCUGCACAACCAAAACCCCUCAAAACCUGCAAACCAGCAAGUGCAAGAUAGCCUAGUUAAGAAACUACUGCCACCUCCCAGAAAAAGCCCUUCUUUUCAUACCCUUGAAGAACUUGAAUCAAAGAACACAUCCAACUCCCCUGAGUUUAAGAAACCGAGUCAGUUUAAAAAAUCCGAGUCUAAACCCACCGAGUCACAACUCAGAAUUUCAGCAAAACCCAUCGAUUCUAAAGACUAUAAGCCAGUGAAGGAGAAUUUGUUUGUUUUAAGAGACAGAUUAGAGAGGGAAAAAGGAGAAAAGAAUCCAAAUUUAGAAUGGAUGAUUGGCUUAAAAGCUAGAAAAAACCCACUAGGUGAAUACCCGGAGAACUGUCCACCAGGUGGUUUUAAGUCAGUGGUGUUAUACACGACGACGUUACAUGGUGUACGGCGAACAUUCGAGGAUUGUAAUCGUGUAAGAUCGAUAAUCGAAGGUCAUAGGAUUUUGAUCGACGAACGUGAUGUUUCGUUACAUGGUGAAUUCUUGAAUGAAUUCAGAGAGUUAUUAGGUGAAGGAGUAAGUGUGCCAAGAUUGUUUAUAAAAGGAAGAUACAUAGGUGGAGUGGAUGAAAUUGUGGAACUGAACGAGUCGAGUAAACUCAGUGAGUUGUUGAACUCGGUUGGAAUUGAGAAAGGACUUGGAUAUCAAGUUUGUGAAGGGUGUGGUGGAGCUAGGUUUGUGCCAUGUUUUGAAUGUGGAGGAAGCUGCAAAGUCGUUGUUGGGGAUAAAAAAGAACGAUGUGGAACAUGCAAUGAGAACGGGCUAGCGCAGUGCCCUGUUUGUCACUGAAUUGCAUUUGGAUUUCUAGCCAACAAUUAUAUAAUACCGAAGUUAGCUGUGUCUAGUGUGCUUGUGUUUUCUUCACUUUUUGUUUAUAUACGUUAAUCUUCGCUUUAUAUGUUACAAGGAUAAACAAACAAAAUGUAUAAACACAAAAAAUUAUUGUUGUAGAAUUAUGCACUGAUGAAUGGAUUAUGGACAAGAUUUUACUAGUAAUU